CCACGGCUCCGGCCGUGCGCUGGUGGGGCUCCGCAUUGCACACUCUGGGGGCGCCGCAGUGUUCGUGGGAUGGGGAAGCGGGCUGCCGCUGGCGGCCGGAAUCCGCGCUCAGCCCGGCUUAUACAUCAAAACUUCCUGGCACUGGUCAGACGGUGGUGAAAGCAGUGGGGCUGUGAUAAAGAUCGCUGCUUAAUGAGGAGCCGGACACGAAUGUAGCAAGUAAUCCUUCGGAAUAAAACCGGCAGUUGAGUAACUCAUGCAAAGGUGCGAAUUCCCUCCGGUGGUCCCAAGUUCUGGCUCCCAGGCCCUCUGUAUGAGUGACGCUUCAGUCUGCCAUGGAACCUGGCCCUGCCCUGGCCUGGCUCCUGCUCCUGAGCCUGCUGGCAGAUUGUCUGAAAGCCGCUCAGUCAAGAGAGUUCACAGUGAAAGACAUUGUCUACCUCCAUCCUUCAACCACACCAUAUCCUGGUGGAUUUAAGUGUUUCACCUGUGAAAAGGCAGCAGACAAUUACGAGUGCAACCGAUGGGCUCCAGACAUCUACUGUCCUCGAGAGACCAGAUACUGCUACACUCAGCAUACAAUGGAAGUCACAGGAAACAGUAUCUCUGUCACCAAACGCUGCGUCCCACUGGAAGAGUGCUUGUCCACUGGCUGCAGAGAUUCUGAACAUGAAGGCCACAAGGUCUGCACUUCCUGUUGUGAAGGAAAUAUCUGUAACUUGCCACUCCCCCGAAAUGAAACUGAUGCCACAUUUGCCACAACGUCACCCAUAAAUCAGACAAAUGGGCACCCACACUUCAUGUCAGUGAUGGUGUCCUGUUUGUGGAUGUGGUUGGGACUCACAUUAUAGCAGCUCCAAGGUGCCAUGUAUAGUAGCAGUCCAUGGAGAUUUCCAUGGUCCAUGGUCCAUGGUCAUUGCAUGAGUCAUUGGCUUGACAAUAGUUAGACAUGUGAAAACAUGACACUCACAUGUGUCUUCACAGCCAAACAUUUCCACCUACCAUGAGGAACAAGCAUUGCUUCAGUGCAGUCAUUCCAAGCCCAAGACCUCAUCAAAGCCAGCCUGCCCCCAAACAAACCCUGAGUUGUAUACCACAAACCUUUCUUUUCACUCCAGGAAAUAAGUCUGCAUUUAUUGAGAUCUGAGGCUCUUAAUGUGGAAUACAUGCAUGAUCCAUAGGGGGUCCUGGGAUCCUCUGAGAUAUUAGACAGUAUGUUAUACAGACAUGCAUAGAUAUGUGUUCUUCAGGAGAAAGGUAAAGGACCACUGGUUUAAAUAUAAUCAUGAAUUUAUUUAUAGCUUUAGAAUUGUAAAACUUUGAUUCUGAAAUGAAUGGACUAUUUCCUUGGAGAUUCUGACUCAGUCAGAAUCUCUGGAAAAGUAGUAAGCAGUUGUCCAACUUAAUUUUCCCAACAUUCUUCUCCCAAUGGUGGGAAUCAAAGUCCCUCUGCUCUGUGCAAGAAAUAAAAACCAAUCAUAAGUUUGUUGCAUAGGGGGAGGGGUAGCUGGAGAAGGAUCUUUCCCAACUUAAUGGAACUAGCAUCCACAAAGUAGCUGUGUAUCCUUUCAUUAUAAUUGGUGAGAUUGGCCUUGAUUUGGAACCUCAUUGUGCUCCAUGAGAUCCUGAAUUCUACCUGGGCCAAAGGGUAUCCUAAGAGUCCUAAAGCAGGAAGGGGUUUUCUCCACUCAUGGGGUUCUAUUCAGGCAUAGCUAGAAUAGACACAGGAUUUCAGAAUGAAAGGAUAGAGAUAUGUGGAGGUUGACCCAAGUUCGCUAUGAGGGCCCAGUCAGUGGCUUAGCCAGAUCUCCCAUCUGCACUUCAUAUUGCCAGAGAGCACUCCCGGGUUCUUCCUCUUUCAAAUCCCCAGUGACUUUAGGGAGAAGGUUCUGCAUCACAUUAUCUCAAGAUUGAUAGGGAAAGAAGACAAUAUCCUAAGACAAGAAAUAGGUGGCAAGUCGGGUGAUGGUGAGACUAGUAAGAAGAUCCAGUGGGAAUUUUUCUUUCAUUUGGGUGAUUGCUUUUGAAGUAGAUGGUAAACUUUUGCCAUCCUUCCUAUACUUUUUGCCUGAGUUACAACUUGUUCUUCUUCCUUGUAAAUCAUUUAUACAAUAUUUAUUUUUGUAUGGCAUAACUAGAAACUUAAAUAUAUUGUAAAAUAUUCUUUAUUAUGAAUGAAAUGACCAAAUGAGAAUACUUAUUUUCAACAGUGGUAGAGCCUAUGAUAUAUGUUUUUUCAAAGUUAUCUAUAAUACUUGCACCAGUGUUGAAAAACAAUUAACUUAUGUUUGAGUGAGAGGAAUGCAUUGGCCUUAAGGGUUUUUGCUCAUGGUUUCUUCCAUGGUAUUGUCCCAGAAGUAUUCAGGUGGUGAUCAUCACUGGUAUGAGUUUCUCUGCAGGGUUAUGGAGUAUAUCUGCAUGAAAUUUGGUGGAGCCAUCAUUGUCGGGGUCCAUCUGCCCUACACAGGAAAAUGUGUGUGGCUUAUAAUAUGAGACCCCCUCAGGGAUUACCAGAUAUAAACUGACAAUGGUAACUCUGAUAUAAAAUAAUCUAAAUUGCAUCAAAUGGCCUUAAAUCAGAGUUUGGUAGGCUUAUCAAUACAUUGCUUGUAAUUGGGGUGAGGGAAGUAGAGGGAGAGAAAAUAAGACACUUACUAAGCACCUUUUAUGUGGCAGGCACUAUGCUAAGCACUAUACAUAUAUAGUGCAUAUAUAUAUAUAUAUAUAUAUAUAUAUAUAUAUUCAUAUAAAACCUGCAAGCACCCUCUAGGGAAUAUUACUAGUAUUUUCGCGCUACAGAUGAAGGUACUAAGGCUCUAAGAAGCUUAAAAAAAGGAAGCAUUUUCCUUCCAAUUUAGGUCUUACAGGUUGAGGUGGGGUUGAAGAGGGAGGGGAAGAUGGAAUUACCACCCCUAGGAAAACUUCCAGACCUGACCACAGGAAUGUCCAUCUGCUCAUGUGGAGUUUGCCCAGUCCUGCUUCUAAAGGACACCAUUUGUGUGUGUCCUCUAGAUGGUGUUUUUUCUUCCAGGGGUGGAGGGUACAGCUUCCUAGUUCAUUCCUCUUGCUAAAAGAGGUGGCAGGUUAACUGCUGUAAAUGCUCUAAGACAGUGAAACUUGACAUUAUACAUAUCUACAAGUACCAUUUUUGCACAUGGCCACUCUCCACUGAUAACUGCCAAGUACUGCAUGCAAUGUGGGUAAGAGACAAAGGCCAAAUGUUGGUUCUUAAUGAGAAAGCGACCAUGCCAGAGCCUUCCUGUCUGGUGUGAAGGACCAGGUCCCCAGUGAUGCGAACUCAUCUG